AUGAAGCUCGCUGUAGCCUCCACACUGCUGCUCCCGCUUCUGGCGCUCCCAGUACAGGCGUUACCGGCGAAACGAGGCGAGCGGUCUUCCUGGAGGAGAUGGCUGGAGAACAGGGAAUUUGCAGGGACCGGACAGUAUGCUGGGGCAGGAGAUGCGGCAGCGAGCGAUGCAGCAUCCAGCGCAAUUCCAUUUGCUGCUGCGACCGGCUCGCCUUCGGCAUCGACUAGCUCCGAAAUCCCAGUAGGGACGGUCGGUGUUGCCUCGCAGGUCAAAAUCCCGGUCGCAUCCGCACCGAUCCUCAAUGACCCCUCUCUCCUCCCCUCCGCAUCCAUCUCUGAACUACUGGCUAGUACCGCCGCCUUCUCGACUUUCACCUACACGCCUUACACCACCGCCGCGGCGGCACCUUCGACCGCGGCGUAUGCGGCAGCUCCUUCUCCAGCACCGACUGGUGCGAGCUCGGUAGCGGGCGGAAGUGGUACCAAGGGGGGCGCAGCGGAGGGGAACAUCUAUGAGCAAGCAGGAAAGGCGGCGCAGGACUAUAUGAACAAGGUGGUGGGGCAGUCGUUGCCCACUGUUACGCUUGAGAUCGUUAUGAUUCCUACCCAGGAAGCAGAUGGAUCUUGGGACUACGUCGUGUCUAUCGGCUCGGACGGAACUGCCACUGCCGUUCCCUCGUGGACCACGAGCUCUCAGGCCAAGGCGACGUCUCUCCCCCCCGCCAACCUCGCACCUCCGCCCUACACGACCGGCUCAUACCCCAUGCCGACCGGAGCAGGUGCUGCGCAGGGAGGUGGGAGUGGUGGAUCUGCCUCUGCGUCCCAGGCAGUAGGCGGGUCAACCGGUUCGUCAGGCUCGUCGGGAUCCUCCGGCUCGAGCUCGUCCGGCCAAGGCUCUUCAGGAUCAUCAGGCUCGUCUGGUUCGUCUGGUUCGUCUGGCUCUUCAGGCUCGUCCGGCUCGUCCAGCCCCAACGCUGCCGCUCCCGCUCCUGCAGCUCCCAGCCCGAGCCCAAACUCUAACGCAUACACCGCCGGCCCCGUCACUCUCCCCGCGGACGUUUAUACCCCUCCCUCCGCGCCUAGUGCAUCUGCCAAUGCCGGCGCUGCUUCCGGAUCGCCUUCCACUGGCUCAUCGGGGUCAUCGGGAUCAAGCGGAUCAAGCGGAUCAAGCGGCUCGAGCGGAUCGAGCGGCUCGAGCGGUUCUCGUCCUGUCGGCGGGAGCGGCGACCCCUCGCCAUCUGGGUCAUACGGCCAGACUGUACCCGCAACUGGCGAUCAGUCCGGCUCAGGCUCAUCGUCUGGCUCAGGCUCGGCUGACUCGGGCUCAAACUCCGGCUCUGCCCCAGCUGCUGGCUCCUCCCCUCGUCCCGCCAACUCCAUGCACGUCCCCAUUGUCGUCAUCCCUUCGUCGACCGACGCGGCAUCAUCAGCCCAACCGACCGCUUCUGGCAACCAGGAACCCACUGCGCCGAGCGCGUCUGCCGUACCGGUGGACUCGGGAUCAGAGUCGGCCUCCUCUGCCGCCCCUACGGCUGCACCCGUUCCAUCAGCUUUGGACAGCGGAAAAGCCGGUGACCCACCACGCAUGACCUCCACGUCCGACUCCGUCCCCACUCCCUCGCAGACUGAGGGCGCAACGCACGACUACCCACCCUGGGCCAGCCACCCCGUCAGCAACGAGACCGUGUCAUCUACGGUCUCGGCGGACGGAGCGGCGCCGACCAACGGGACUGACGGCGGGGCCACCCAUGACUACCCCCCUUGGGCCAGUCACCCGGUCAGCAAUGAGACGGUCUCGUCGACUAUCUCCUCGGACAUGCCUAUGCCCACCAACGGCACGUCCGUCGGAAAUGGAACGGCCGGAGACACGCACAACUACCCGCCUUGGGCGAGCCACCCGGUGUCUAACGAGACGGCGACCAUGACCGCAUCGGCUGUACUCCCGGGGGCGACCAACGUCACUCUCCCCGCAAACAGCACCCUGCCUGCCAACGCUACUCUCCCGGCGAACGCUACUUUGCCUGCCAACGCAACUCUGCCCGCCAAUGAGACCGCGACGUCGUCCAUCGCGGUAGGAUCGGAAGCGGCUUCGACAUUCGUCCCCUUUGAGCCUAUCACCUCGUCCACCGCGGCUGCAGCCAACGCCACCGCGUCAGCCUCGGCUCCAUCGGUUAACAGCACCGCCGUCGCCACUCCUACCCCUUCUUCCUCUGCUGAGGUCACCGCCGUCCCCACCGCGUCCGCAUCGGCUAGCUCGGUCGAAUCCUCCUCCUCGUCCGUCGCCGCCCCUUCCGCAAACGCCACGGAGACCAUCUCCUCCGCCCCCGCCUCCUCGUCCGUCGUACCCACCUCGAGCUCCACUGUCAUCAGCGAGAGCUCGGUGAUUCCUGCUCCGCAGCCGACUACUGCUCCGGUAGUAGAAGGCGUCAGCACAAAUGAUAACGGGAUCGCCACGGAGAUGAUGACCAGCACGGUGGUCUUCAAUGUGACUAUGACCCUCCCCCAGGCAUCGGCUACCGCCAAUGCAACGGUCAGCGCUUCGUCGGUAGUCCCCUCGGCUACGUCUACGUCGGUGGCCGCUGAUGUCAGCUCGUCAGCUGUCUCCGCUAGCGCCGACGCCAGGUCUACCGCGGCAGCCAGCUCGGACAUGGUCUCUGCGUCUGCCUCCGCGUCGGCCUCGGCCUCAGCCUCGGCCUCGUCCAGCACGGCCAGCAUAGAUCACACCAGCAUCCUUGGCGGGAACUACCAUGCGACCCCCGGUCUCGUCGCACCCUCCAGUACCUCCUCUUCCGCUGAUUCAUCGAGCGCCGCUCCCUCCCCCAGCGCCUCAACUGAGUCAUCAUCUUCUUCCUCUUCGUCCUCCUCCGCCACACCCAUCGCGUCAUCCACCUCAACCACCCCCUCUUCUACCGAAAUACCCCUCCCUGCCCCGACGGGGGCAGACGAGGACUGCCUCGACGUCACAGCCCGUAGUCUCGGCCUAGACGAGGAUGGGCAAGAAUGGGAAGAGGUCUGGGUGGACGAGGCGGAGAUUCAGCCGGGGUGGAUCGUGUUGGAGUAG